CACCUGACCGUUGUUCUGUGACUGCCAGUGGAAGCAAAGUACAAUUCUGUUAUCUGUGAUUCGAUCGGCCGUGAUAUGUAACUGGCUACGUUGUAACUCGAAAUUCACGUAAUUGGCUCGUGGUAACGCGUAGUUUGCUUACGCCGCGAUGUCUGCAAUUUACACGAGGGGCAUUGCGGUCCUCGACCGAUUCGUGCCGCCGAAAUUGCAGCCGUUGUGGCAACAUCCGGCUGGACCCAAAACGAUAUUCUUCUGGGCGCCGGCCUUCAAAUGGGGCUUGGUAAUGGCCGGUAUAGCGGAUCUGGCCAGACCCGCGGAGACUAUAAGCCCCAGUCAAACUACGGCGUUGGCCGCUACCGGAGUGAUCUGGUCGCGUUAUUCGCUAGUGAUAAUUCCGAAAAAUUACAGCUUAUUCAGCGUCAACGUGUUCGUAGCAGUCACGCAGCUGUUCCAACUGUACCGGGCAGUUAACUACCGGAUGCAACAAACUAAGAAACCCGUCGCGUAGCGAGAAACCUCGGGGGCCGUAUAAUCACGUUAAUGUUGUUUAUGUAUAAUUUUUAUUUUGUUAUCCUCUAUUCCAAUAAAUAUCGAAAACAGGGCCGAAAUAAAUCCAA